AUGAAUCUGCAACUUCAAUAUCUGAAGAAAAUCAACAACAUCAACUACUUUACAGUUUUUUCGAAACCGAUAUUUGAGCUACUUGCACAAAGGAUGUCUCUUAAUGCAACACCGCAGAGGAAGAUGGAACUCGAGCAAGCGCCUUCUCGACCUAUGACUCCAAGGUCCCCUCGGUCUCCACAUUCUCCUUACACUUCUCGUUCUCCACAUACACCCCGAAAAUCUCUAACACCGUUAACAAAGCAUGCAUUGCAGAUGUCCACGACACCGACACGCAACAGACUACUGCUAACGCCUACUAAGAAUAAGCAAAGGCAAAUAUACGAUCCAUUGACUGAUUUGCAAAUUUUGGGAAAGCUGUUCCAUGCACAAACAAGCAUCAAGAAGAAGCAAAAACCAAAUCCUGCAAGGGAAACUUCACCUACAGCUAAGGUCGGCUUGGAACAGGACCAGGAAAUUGUUUCUGGGAAUGAUCGUACGCAAUCCACAUUUUCGUCACCCUCUAAGCCUCAAACGUUUGCACCUUUCUCCUCUCCCACUCCUCAAAUCCCACUAAACUCAACUAUCCCUAGUUUUGUCAACAAGGAUGUUAGAAACUUUGGUAGGUACUUUGGCGAAACCAGUAGUCUUCACAAUACUAGCUCGCUCCAAGAUUCUGUGGAGCAUUCGUCAUCAAUGGUGGUUGACGAUACAUUACCUAUAACGCAAUCACAAUCACAGUCACAACAAGUACAGACGCCUGAUAGAGAUGUCAGCAGAAGAAACACUACUUUUGAGUCAUAUGCAGAUACUUCAAUAGCGGUUCCGGAAGCCAUAUUACGUGAUGGGUCUGGUAUAUUGGGAAUGUCUGAUUCCGAAGAUGAUAGGCAGGAAGGAGAUGUUUCGAUAGGUCAGCAAGUUGACGGUGACAUUCCAGCGCUUGGUGAAUACCCGGACUUUGCAGAUUUAACAAAUGAAGAAAUUGAAGAUUAUAAGGCCAACCUGAGUAUUAUACAGGCAUCAAGUGAUGAGUCAGAUGAAGACGUAGAGGCAGGCGACCUAUCAUUAGUUCGUGAUUAUUACGAACAUAAAGAAACUCAGCGGAAAAGGAGAAGGUCAUUCAACACGACGCAUACUCCCCAAAAACCACCACUUUUCACUAUCCGUCUAGUGAAGAAGAUGUUUCAAACUUUACAAUUACCUGCUCCCAUGAAUUUAAAUGAAGAUUUGUUUAACGAAUUGACCAAUAGAUUUAUAGAAAUCGAAUUAAGAAAGAGUAUGCAAAUGUCCAAAGAGAAUGGAAUGAAUAAUAGAAUUGUAUAUACAGAUCUCCUUGGCGAUGAUGAAGAUGACGAGAGCAUUUUGCUAAAUGCGAUGAGUGAAUGCGAUUUGGAAACUGUCAAAAUCAUUGAAGGUGUAUUGUAUAGUAAUUUAGCAUUACGAAAGAAGAGACAUGAGAAUGUUAGAGUGCCUCGUCUUUCAAGGGGAAGCAUAGACAGUCAGUCUGAAGCAAAGUGGUAUCAACCUAAUGACGGCGUUGCAAGCUUCCCCCAGACUCCAAGGAGGGAUACAAAUAGAGAUGAUAAUGGAAAAGCAGAGACCACAGAAAGUAUCAGUGAUUUGGGGAAUAUUGAUUCUAGCGUUAUCGAAAUGCCUGAGCAAAAAGAUGAAGGCUCCAACCCUUUUGACGACGAUAAAGUUGUUGAUUUAGAUAAGUACUCGUCAUACAUUACUCUUCAGAUCCAACAAGAUGCAUCUGACUCAAGUGAUCUCGAAAUUCCAUUGGCUGUAGAAGAAGAGGAGGAGGAGGAGGAUGAAGAGACCGAUAUCGAGGAAUAG